UCCUCUCAGAACAACCCAAGCUGGUGCAGAGGUGGCUUCAGUGUUUGGAACAUCUUGUUUAAAAGUUUACCUUCUUUAAUUGAUAUCUUCUUUUCAUUACCAAUAUGAUAUAUGAUAUAUGAAAUAUCUUGAAAAUACCGUUGAUAUUACGCAAUUAGUAGAGGCACUACUCUUUCCUUUGUAAUACCCUAAAGUCGGUAGCGACCUAGCGACUCCACUGUUGCUUGGAGUACAAGAUGAGAAUACGACAGACAUCUCAUCCACAAUAACCAAUACUAACAAACGUCUUCAAUUGAACACAAAUGUUAUAAGCCUCAGCAAGUGCUGACCUCGGUACACACAAUCAAGGUUCCAGUCAUGCUGCAUCCCCCUUUUCAUCCUCAACCGCCAUCAUGACACGCCGCACGUACAAUAUCGCCAUGGUUAGCGACUUCUUCUUCCCGCAACCAGGAGGCAUCGAAUCUCACAUUUACCAACUCGCUACGAAGCUUGUCGACCGUGGCCACAAAGUCAUCAUCAUAACUCAUGCCUACGACGACCGGAAGGGCGUGCGGUACCUCACAAACGGCGUCAAGGUCUAUCACGUUCCUUUCCUCGUCAUCUAUCGUUCGGCAACAUUUCCAACGGUCUUUUCGUUCUUCCCCAUUUUCAGAAAUAUUUGCAUUCGUGAGCGCAUCGAGAUUGUGCAUGGCCAUGGCAGCCUCAGCAGUCUAUGCCAUGAAGCUAUCUUGCAUGCUCGUACCAUGGGGUUACGUACUGUUUUUACAGAUCAUUCACUCUUUGGCUUUGCCGACGCUGGAACAAUUCUCACAAACAAGCUCCUCAAGUUUACUUUGAGUGAUGUUGAUCAUAGCAUUUGUGUCAGCCAUACAUGUAAGGAAAACACGGUCCUUCGCGCAUCACUCGAUCCAGUCAUGGUCUCUGUGAUACCAAACGCUGUUGUUGCAGAAAAUUUUCGUCCCAAGGACGUCCCAGCGUCACCGUCUCCCCAAGCCACGAUUUUUGGCUCAGAAGGACCUGUCUAUCCUCCACCUCAGCGUAUCGGACCUCGCGAUACCAUCACAAUCGUCGUUAUUUCGCGCUUGUUCUACAAUAAAGGCACUGACCUCCUCAUUGCCUCUAUUCCACGUGUGUUGGAAAAUCAUCCAAACACCCGCUUUAUCAUUGCAGGCUCCGGCCCUAAAGCCAUCGACCUUGAACAAAUGAUCGAAACAAACGUGCUCCAGGAUCGUGUCGAGAUGCUCGGUCCCAUCCGUCACGAAGAAGUUAGAGAUGUCAUGGUUCGAGGCCACAUUUACCUCCACCCAUCUCUUACCGAGGCUUUCGGAACUGUCAUUGUUGAAGCCGCCAGCUGCGGGCUUUAUGUCGUGUGUACACAGGUUGGAGGCAUCCCAGAAGUCCUCCCCUCGCAUAUGACGACAUUCGCCAAACCAGAAGAAGACGAUAUUGUCCUCGCCACAAGCAAAGCCAUCAGUGCGAUGCGUGCCGGAAAGAUUCGUACCGAGAAAUUUCACGAGCAAGUCAAAAAGAUGUACUCAUGGCAAAAUGUCGCUCUGCGCACGGAGCGCGUCUACGACGGCAUUUCGGGCACCAUCCCCGAGGACGAAUUCUACGGUGUUGAUACAUCAGGCUACGGUAGCCGUAUACGCAAUUUUGCUCUUAUAGAUCGUCUAAAGCGCUACUAUGGUUGUGGUAUCUGGGCUGGAAAGCUCUUCUGUCUUUGUUGUGUUGUGGAUUACCUCUUUUUCCUGUUUCUAGAGUGGUGGUUUCCGAGGGACAACAUUGAUAUAUGCCCCGACUGGCCUCGCAAGAGACCUGCCGAUGAUGAUGCAAGUUCCAAGAAGGGUGCACAUAGUAAUCGGUCAAGCACAUCACAAGGGGCUCCGAAGCUCGAAUAAUUCCGGCACUUUCGACCUGAUGAUGGCAUGAUGACACUUGAAUAUUGGCAAAGGCGCAGGGAGUUUACCGCAGUGUGAUCGGGCAUGUCACCGACCCAUGAUAAGGGUAUGAAUUACGCAUGAAAGAGGCCUCAGUCAAAGUGACAUGAGUCUGGAUCGGUUGGUGAUUAUCAAGGGGCUAGCUAUUCUAGACGCUGUACACAAUAAUAAUAAUAAAAAUUACAUGCUGCUUCCCUUUGCAGUUUAUGAAGCCGAAAUUCACAAGGAAGACAUAGUGAUCUUUCAAAUUGGUGCAGAUCAAGACGAUCAGCCCCGGGCUCCAAUGCGACGCCUUUUGGCUGUUACAGUCUCACGUUCACCCUCAUCUUCGUCGUCGCCCGUUUCCUCAGCGGGGGUAGCGACGCUAGCUGGACGGACAGCCGAAGGCGGAGGCGCGCUACGCUCCUUUUCUGCACUUCGUAGAUCACCUAAGAGCUUCUCAACCUCAACAAACAUGCUGCGGGUAUUUUUUACAACGCCAUUCUCGUCGAGGCGGUAGCCCACUACUUCUUCUUCCUCCUCGUCCUGAGAGCGUUUCAUAAAACCAGACCCAGGACCGCGAUCGGGGUCAGCAUUGUACAUGAUGGCGUUGCAGAACAUGUGGACAAGUUCGCGCUCAAGCUGGGCGCUGUUGAUAAUGCCUUUUGGAGGAACAAGCUCGUCAGAUAUAGGUAGCCACACGUGCGCAGUACCAGGAUCACCGCCGGGAAGACUGGCUGCAGCCUGGACAGCCGCCUUAUUCCCAUGCUUGAUAGCAGACCGGAUGGAUGUUAUAUCUUGAGGCUGCAGCACAAUCUGGCGAUAAUUUGGCGCGUCCUUCUCACGAAGCCUGGUGGCAAACAUGUUCGCAUCGCGAUGGCUAGAAAUCUGAUCCAGAGCAGAUGACGAAACUUUAGUGAAACCUCGCGUCCAAAGGACUUGAGUUGUCUCGGGUGGCGGGUUAACCGGUGUAACUUGUCUUUUUCUUUUGUGGAGGCGCGAAGAGACACUACCAGGAGUCAUGAUCUGAGGCCGACCAGGGACGCUCUCAUCAGCGGUAGUAUCGCCUGUGUCUUCGGUGGGCCGAGGUGUAGCAUCUUCAUCCUUAAUCUUGGGUGCUGAUUCACUUGUUUGAGUCGCAGGCUCAUCAGUGUGAGAGAGGAUAGACUGGCUUCGCCUGGAUCGAGUGAGAGAAGGUGUGGAACUAACUGCACGAGCCUUCUGCCCGGCUCUGGCAGACCGGCCGCGCGCAGACUUAGAGACGGUCUGUUCGAGUUUCGAAGCUGCUUUGGGUGCUUGCUUUCUUAAAGGCCUUGGUGUUGACCCAGCAGAGCUCGGUAACGUUGCGGGCUUUUGAGGAGGACUGACUGGCUCAAAGGCUGGACUUUGAGGUGCCACGCUCAUAUGACUAGGACCGGGAGUAGACGGAGUGGAAUGUGGAGCCCAUUUUGUUCCAAACCCGUGAGUAACGUGAGUGGGUGUUGCUGAGAUGGGCGUGUGCGGUGCCGAUGGCACCCCAAGCUUCUUGACCGGGGUAUUUAGAGCCUGGCGAAUGAUGUGGCCCAAAACGCCAGGUCGUGGAGGUUGAUUAGCAUACUGCGAUGAUUGAGCCUUAUCAGCUUUAGAUGCCAAUGGCACAGGAGAGCUGACGGGUGAGCCAUGCUGAGGAGGUUGAGGUUGAUAUCCAAGCGGCCAGCGUUGCUGAGGAGGGGCAAUGGAGCUUGCACUUGCUGUAAGAGGAGCUGGGGAGCCUGCGGCAAUCUGUCGGACCUGCUGAGUCUGCCCUUGGGGGGGCUGGAUAGAGCGAGGAUGUGGCACGGGCGUUGUGGAAGACGGACGGGCAUGGGGUGCUUGGCCUCCGGGCGACUCUGCAACUGGCCGUGGAGGUGCCGGCUGUAAGGGAGGGGCUAGCUGACCAGCAUGCUGAGGCGGUGCCAGGCCUGGUUUUGUUGAAUUUGGCCGUGGCUUCUGCUGAUGCUGUUGUGGCAAAGACUGAGGCUGAGCAUGGGUGACAGGUUGAGUUUGCGAAGAUUGUUGAGCCUGAGCAUGCUGUGCGUGUGUAGGCGUUUGGAUUCUUUGGAUUUGUUGAGUAUGUUGUGUCGGCGUAGCGUGCUGAGCCCGAGGAGUGUGGGGAGCUGGCGGCGUUGGUGGUGGUGGUGGCUGAAUAACCUGGGGAGGGUGAGGGCGUUGUUGAUGAUGAGUUUGAGCUUGAGACUGUGUCUGGGGAGGUUGUGGAGCAACAGAAUGUGGCCGAGCCUGCUGGGGCGUUUGAGGAUGAGAUAAUGGUUGAGCACCAGGUUUGGGAGAGAAUUGGGCAGUUUGUUGAGGGUACCAAUGCUGUUGUGAUGGUACCUGCUGUGGGUGUUGUUGUUGGGGAUGUUGUUGUAGAUGCUGUUGUUGCUGCGCUGGCGGGAGAGCUGUUGGUCCUUGGGCAACGGGUGAUUGAACCUGUCGAGGAGGGGGUGUAGCUGUCUGUGGUGGUUGAUAAGGUUUCUCCCACUUCAGAGCAGCUCCUGGAGCCGCAUUGCCAUCCUUCAGCUUGGCCCCGUUCUCUGGUCUAGGAGUAGGACUCUGCUUAAGAGGUUGUGGCGCCUGUAAUGGUCGUGGUGUUGUCUGAGGGACACCUGCUGGAGGCUGAAGCACCGACCCGCUAGAAUUCGGCGGAGUUGGUGAGGUUGAAGGUCGGAUCGAUGCCGUUGUAGUGGGCAUGUGGCUAGGCGGUGCAACUGUUGUUUGUGUGUUGUGAGGGACAAGCGGUUUGGGCGGGAUCACAGGCGUCUGUUGUGUUGGACCUCUUCGAACGGGUGCCGCCGAGCUUGUUGCCAUAGCAGGUGAGGAUGUUGACCCAUUAGGCGCAACGGAAGACUUCUGAUCACGAGCAGCAAGUACGGGUGUCCCAUUCUGGCUCGCGACUCUAGCGCGUCGUUCUCGUUCGAAUCGCUCCAUUGCUUGAAUUUCCUUCUGGGACGUCUCGAAGCUCCGCUCAUCCUCUCGAAUUUGCGCGACGGUAUUAUCCUUAUAUCGCUCAUAUAGGCGAUCCAUAAGCAGAGGGAUUCUGUCAACAUGUUCGUAAAUCUCCUUAAGUGUUGGCAAAGGUGGGCUCCCGAGCUUUCGUUUUCGCGAGUUGGGUGAUGUUGUCGGAUCGUCGGUCGCAGCCUUCUCAUGUUCACCCCUCAGUUCAUCCCCCAAGAGUCGCAGAAACAGAUGUUGAAGCGCAUCAGGUCUUAAUCGUGCGGGAUCAUAAGUAGAUCCCUCCUUGAUGAGCGCGUUGUUGAUGAGUUGCUCAGAGAUACGCGCGAAGACCCCAUUGUCGAAUCCUUGGGCUACCAACGACUGGAAUAAUAGCAGCGACUCGAGGGGCGUGUGGAAGGCUGGUUGAUUCAUGCCCCGCGGUCCACCUCGCCAGCUAUCCAAGGGGCCUUCACGUCGAGCAAGAAGAUGGACUGGCGCCACGGUCUAUGGUACUCUAGUUAGGCGUCUGUCGCGACACAGGUACGGCUACGUCAU